CGACAUCAUUUCUGGUGCAGGUGUCAAGCCUCUUCACUUUUGCGUCUUGCUGCACCUCGUAGGUUGCGCUCGACGAACGACACGCGGGCGAAGAUGGACCGCUCGAUCUCUUGUCUCGAUCGUUGCUGUCGCCCUUUAGAGUUGAUUUGGACACGACCGCUUUACGCUCGUCGUCUCGAUGGCGAUGUGUAG